AUGCUUCUCGCAUUAACCAGGCACAAAGAUGAGCGACUCGAAGGUCUUGAGGCUGAAAACGAGAAUCUCGUUAGUGAGGUGGUCGAAUUAAAGGCAAUGAUUCAUAAACAAAGAGCUCAGGUUGAAAUUGCGGAAAAAAUAGUUUCAGAGGAUGAGCUCAAAUUUGUCCAAAGAGAGAAGGAAGCGCUUCAAAAAGCCAAAGAUGAAGAAAUCGCCGAGCUCAUGGAGAAGCUUCAGGAGGAGGCGGCUGGAGCAGUGGACACGGAGAAUGGAGCCAAGAAGGUUCCAGGAGGUGUCAAAGAAGACUCCGAUGCAGAGAGUGGCAAAGCUGCAAAAACUGAGGAAAAUGAAAUCAAGGAAGAGGAAGGCAAUAUCGAUGGAUUGAAGAUCAAAGCAGAUGGAGAAGGAGGCAAGGAAGAGAAUGCCAAGAUUGAGGAUGAUGUUCCAGAAGGAGACAAAGCAGCAGAACUCAAGGCAGAGAAAGCCAAGGUAGAUUGUGUGGACGCAGAAGACAAGAAAGUAUCUACAGAAGAUUUAUUUGUAUGA